CCGAGGCCUCUGGGUAGGUGAGGCUGUAGGCCGCCUCUCACUGCGCGGCCUUGACGGCUGCUGCUGCGGCGCCGGUCCCUCUGGGAUGGCUACCCUGGUUGUAAACAAGCCUGGAGCGGGACUUGACAGUGGCCGUCAGGGCAGCCGUGGGACGGCCGUGGUGAAGGUGCUGGAGUGUGGAGUUUGUGAAGAUGUGUUCUCUUUUCAAGGAGACAAAGUUCCUCGCCUUCUGCUCUGUGGCCACACAGUCUGUCAUGACUGUCUCACCCGCUUGCCUCUUCAUGGAAGAGCAAUCCGUUGCCCUUUUGAUCGACAAGUAACAGAUCUAGGAGAUUCAGGUGUUUGGGGAUUGAAAAAAAAUUUUGCUUUGUUGGAACUUUUGGAACGACUGCAGAAUGGACAUGUUGGUCAGUAUGGAGCUGCAGAAGAAGCCAUUGGGAUAUCUGGCAAGAGCAUCAUUCGUUGCGAUGAAGAUGAAGCCCAUGUGGCAUCUGUAUAUUGCACUGUAUGUGCAACCCACUUGUGUUCAGAAUGUUCCCAAGUUACUCAUUCUACAAAGACAUUAGUGAAGCACAGGCGAGUGCCUCUAGCUGAUAAACCUCAUGAGAAAACCAUGUGCUGUCAGCAUCAGGUGCAUGCCAUUGAGUUUGUUUGCUUGGAAGAAGGCUGUCAGACUAGCCCACUUAUGUGCUGUGUCUGCAAAGAAUAUGGAAAACACCAAGGUCACAAGCAUUCAGUAUUGGAACCAGAAGCUAACCAGAUCCGAGCAUCAAUUUUAGAUAUGGCUCACUGCAUACGGACCUUUACUGAGGAAAUCUCAGAUUAUUCCAGAAAAUUAGUUGGAAUUGUUCAGCACAUUGAAGGAGGAGAACAAAUAGUGGAAGAUGGAAUUGGAAUGGCCCACACAGAACAUGUGCCAGGUACUGCAGAGAAUGCCCGGUCAUGUGUCCGAGCUUAUUUUUCUGAUCUACAUGAAACUCUUUGUCGUCAGGAGGAAAUGGCUUUAAGUGUUGUUGAUGCUCAUGUUCGAGAGAAACUGAUUUGGCUGAGGCAGCAACAAGAAGAUAUGACUGUUUUGUUGUCCCAGGUUUCAGCAGCCUGUCUGCAUUGUGAAAAGACUUUGCAACAGGAUGAUUGUAGAGUUGUCUUGGCAAAACAAGAAAUUACAAGGUUACUGGAAACACUGCAAAAACAGCAGCAGCAAUUUACAGAGAUUGCAGAUCACAUUCAGUUAGAUGCCAGCAUCCCUGUCACUUUUACAAAGGACAAUAGAGUUCACAUUGGACCCAAAAUGGAAAUUCGAGUUGUUACAUUAGGAUUAGAUGGUGCUGGAAAAACUACUAUUUUGUUUAAGUUAAAACAGGAUGAGUUCAUGCAGCCUAUUCCAACAAUUGGUUUUAAUGUGGAAACUGUAGAAUACAAAAAUCUAAAGUUCACUAUUUGGGAUGUAGGUGGAAAACACAAAUUAAGACCAUUGUGGAAACAUUAUUACCUCAAUACCCAAGCUGUUGUGUUCGUUGUUGAUAGCAGUCACAGAGACAGAGUUAGUGAAGCACACAAUGAACUUGCAAAGUUGUUAACAGAAAAAGAACUCCGAGAUGCUUUGCUUCUGAUUUUUGCUAAUAAACAGGAUGUUGCUGGAGCUCUGUCAGUAGACGAAAUCACUGAACUUCUCAGUCUCCAUAAAUUGUGCUGUGGCCGUAGCUGGUACAUUCAGGGCUGUGAUGCUCGAAGUGGUAUGGGACUGUAUGAAGGGUUGGAUUGGCUUUCACGGCAGCUGGUGGCUGCUGGAGUAUUGGAUGUUGCUUGAUUUUAAAUGUGGCAGUUGUUUAAGGUUUUGUGGUUAAGAGUUACUUUGCACAUAAUAUGUUGUAAGAAAUUCUACAUGUUAAAGACAGUUAAUCUAGGAUAUGUAUCUAAAAGGCAUCCCGGACUACAAAUCCAGUACAACAUUGCUUUUAAAAAAUUGUGUAGCAAAAUUUAAAUAUCUGAGCAGAUUAGAUUGCAUUAAAUAGGAACUUCUUGAGAAUACAUUUUUUUAAAAACAUAAUUUGUUAAGUUUUCCAGAUGAUAUGUUACCCAUAUGUUGGGAAAGUAGUAGUCACAGAGAAAGGGUAGGUGAAGGUUUAUUCUUUCAAUGAAAAAAGAAUACCCAACUGAGUGUCCGGAGGAACCUCAGUGUGAAGCAAGUGAAGCAUAGCUGCUGCUUUAACUUGGCCUUUUCACUGGAUUUUGGCAGUAUUUAGUAGCAAAAACAGCAGUAAUUUAAUUAAAUUCAAAUGCAUCUUUGGGUAAUAGGAUUACUUUUAUGUUCCGUAUAACAUAAUACCUUUAAUGCUAAGAAGUAUAAGUUAUAGAAAUUAGUAUUUUAUACAGUGUUUUAUUAAAACUUUCUCCUAAAGCCUUUUGUAUGAAACCAAUUCUGACCCAGUGAGUCAGAAUGAAAUGUUACCAAACGAGGGCCAUCACAUACUACUCAAAUGAAGAACUAACAAAACUGUGAAAGGCAGUUAUGUUCUAGUUGAUCUUCACUUAUGGAAGACCUAUUUUCAGGGCUGAACCUGGAUGUAUUAUUUCCUAGAUCAGAGCUCUAAAUUGGUCCUUCUGUUUUUCAACAUAUUUAAAGCACUUCCUAGUGUUUGUUUUAAAAAUAAUAUUGACUCCAUGGGAAUGACUGUAGGUAGAAUGUAGUAAGUUACACAUCCCAGGGUUGACUUUACAUAUAGAGGUCUAAGUAGAAAACUACUUUAAGAGAAGCCAUUUAAGCAGUGAACAGUUAUUACAUCAAUUACUUCAAAAUCUUUUCCCCAAGAAGUGCAUUUAUUUAAACAGUAAUCAAAGCUCUUUGUGACAGGCCUUGACAUUACUUGAGAGGACAUAUCUGAGUAAGGAAAUGUUUAAAAUUUACAUCACGUUUAUUAAGCAGUGUUGUGAGAAAAGUUUGAAAAUUAUGUGCUUUACUGUCUUUCAUUUUUUUAAGAACACUCCCUUAUUAUGGCAGUACAAUUUAUAUUUAAAAAUAGCUAGAUUGGAUUUUAUGGAUUUUUUUUAGUGCUCUUUAUACUUUAGGAUGAAGUUGAAUCCUAAGUCUUAUUAGUUGAACUGCUAUUUGGACAUUGAUGUCUGAUGACAAGAUGUGAUUCUUAGGUGGCACUGUUUUGGUUUAGUCUCUUUAAAAAAUGUAUUUUUGUUUGCUUUAAAAACAGUAAAACUUUUAGAAAAGAAAGCAUUAAAAAAGUCCAUCAGUAUUAUAUGGGCAGUGUGUAAAUAAGUAAAUAUAUUUUGUCCUAUAUUUUCAAGUGAAAGGUCAUGCUGUAGUGUAGCUUGUGCAUACAAGUACAUACUUCUGAAUUAAAUUAUUUAAUAUUUGACUGAUUGCAUUAACUGUGAAAAACAAAAGAGGUGUUACAUUUGCCUGUGAGCCCUUGAACUGUUUUCUCUACUAGGUAAUUGAAAAAAGUCUAACACUAACAUGUAAACUUGUUCUUCUUGUAAAUUAUUUCACCAAUUUUGGUAAACUUUGUAAUUUGCAUUCUUAGCAUAUUACUAAACACAAUUUAAAAAUUGUGCUUAGACCUAUAACGUACAUAAUAGUAAUGUUUGUGAUUUUUUUUUAAGAAGUCUUUUUCUGAGGCUCUUAUUACUACUUGUGGUUAUGUUCUUUUACGAAUCAUUAGUUAAGAUUGUACUAGUUCCCACUGGAAAAUAUCAAAUUUAAGAACGGGAGACAUUUUAAGUAUUACCUACUAAGGUUUUUCACCUUGCUCCAAAUUUCUGUAUUAAACCUAAAUAUUAUUGUAUGGUUUAUGUAAAGCAGGUUUUUCAACUGUAUAGCCUGGUCUGUAAUUCUGGAAUGCUUUUAUCAUCACCGGAAGCCAUUAUUUGCAUUAUGUAUAUGAUCAGUACAGACAGCAAUAAAAUGUUAAAACCAUUUUAAAGUCAUAUUAUUCUAAAAAUUGUCUUGAAACCUCUAGUAACUUUGUUAAAUAAAACAAAAAGCUAUUAUUUGUGCUCUGAUUAGGAGAAAUAAUAAAUAGGGUAGUGAUUCCCUAGCACAUUGAAUUUGACAUUUAGUUUAAGAUUUAGAAAUAACUUACUCUGUAUUUCAGUGUAAGUCACACUUACAUGAGUUAAACAGUAUUUUGAAAGGAGAGCUAAAAUCUUGCAUUUAACAAAGUGAAACUAUUGCCUUUUAAAUGUUUCUUAUAAGAACAUAACAUUUUAAGUAACUGUUUUAGAAAAUAGCUUGGUAAACUUAGCUACAGUAUGAACUAAUAUUGCCAAGAGAGAAGACUUUCUAUGUAAUGUUGAGAUAAUUCUCAAAUUGCAAAGUGCUAAUAUAGAAGACUGCUAUACCUUUUCCUAAAAGAGUAAUGAAUGAAAAGGACUAAUUAGUAAGUAUCAGUUGGUAUCUUGCUAAUAAUUUAAAACAUACCUUAAAAAAGACAUCUGGCAAUGUAGGUUUUUAGGUCUUCUAUUGUAUAUCUUGUGACAUGGAAUGGAAAAAAUCAUUAAUCAAAUGUACUUCUCAAAGCAAAAUUGUACUUUGGGGGAAUGAGGCAUCACCACCACUUGGUGGCAGUACUACCAAAAGUUCAGGAUUAAAAUACAGGAUUUAGGAUUAAGCCUUUAGGAAUGAAUAAAUUGUUUUGUAGAAAAGUCUCACCUAAAAUUAGGAAGAAAAGGUAAAUGUUAAGAGUGUAAAGUAAUUUUAUGUCCAACUUUAAGUACUCCUUUUUAAAAGGAUGACUAUUAACACAGCACAAAACACUUUCUAUUACACAAGGGUUUGUGGUGCAAAAUGGAUAAAGGAAGUAAUCCUGCAGAUCAAUAGAAGAAAAAAUGUAAACUUAGAUUUCAAGUGUAAGAAUGUGAAUUCCCCAAACAGGUCUGUUGAACAUGUUUCUCCCAGAACUUCUUUAAGAAUCUGUCUGGAAACUAGUGGUUUCUUUCUGGAAAGCCAUGGUUCUUAUUAUAUAAAGUUAUAAAGGUAAAAGAAGAAAUGAAAUCAGUACAAGACUUUGGCCUCAUUGUUUUAUUGCUCCAAAUUUCUAUUAAUCUUUCCAUUAUUAGAUACUAAAAUUUUUACUCAAUAUAUACUUUCUUGAUGGUAUAUUUAAUAAGGUAAGAUAUGACCUGAGAACAGGAAAAUUAUUUAGUUACAUUAGAAAAAUAAUGUGAAAAUAAUAAAUGAAUCUGUACAUAAAA